AUGGAUCCUCAAAGUGGCCCAGUAGCAAACGUCACUUCGACGGUUGUUUACAACCUACAGUACCAACAUGAUUGGGUCUCUCUCAAAGUUCAUCAAACAGCAAGUCGUCGACCUCUGAUUAGAGGUCUGCCGCCCCGACGACUCUACAUCCAUCCUGAUGAUCAAAUUGCUGCACUAGAACGAGAGAAGGCUACCGGAGAGCCUCUAGAUCAAACACCGGAGAGCGAAUGGGUGUUGGCAGUACAUCCUGAAGAGAAGUGGUCUAUCAGAGGGUUCUCUGAGAUUUUUGAUUCCAUAGAGCAUGAAGGCCCGCGAGAGAAGAGACUUGUGCUGGCAACAGUGCAUAAAGAUUCGACAGUUGUUUACUAUUUGAUGCACGAGGGCAUGGUCAAGCCUCGACAAAAUUGA